AUGUCAUCUGCCGUCCAGUGCCUCAACCCAGCCAUAAUCCUCCCCGAAAUUAGUCCAAACACCCCUCUAGAAGGCUGGCCAACAUCUCCAAAGAACCUCUAUACCUUCGACUCCUCCAAAUCCUCCUGGCUCCCUCGUACACCCGCUACACACGAUCCAAUCUACCCCGCGCCCAUAGUCUCCUUCGCCGUCGUAACAUGGAAUGUUGACUUCAUGGCCGCAUACGAGAAGUCGCGUCUCAAAAGCGCUCUCGAUCUACUACAGACCCUCAUCCCCCCUCUCUCGGUGCCGUGCAUAAUACUCAUACAGGAGAUGCACGAGAAUUGUUUCAGCAUGCUCCUCGCACACUCGUGGGUUAGAGAGUGGUAUGAUGUGACGGACGUGUCAUCGCACUCAUGGGAGAACCUUAUGUUCGGCUACGGGACUAUUACGCUCGUACCGCGGGUGUGGGCAGGCAAUGUGGCGUCGGUGUUUAGGACGAAGUUCCGGGGGAGCAAGAUGGGGAGGGAGGCACUUUUCGUUGACCUGGUCGUCCCUACAGUCGCUCGUGCCACUAAUCUAACUGAUCCUCCUGGCGGUAAACAGGGAACUCAAAGUGAAGUCCCCAAGGUUAUCCGCAUCGCCAACGUCCACCUCGAGUCCCUACGAGGACCCUCGGACGCCGCACGCAUUAGGCAACUCGCGUCCGUCGCGGCCUUCCUCUCCGCACCUAAGGUACAUGCUGGGCUUGUUGGAGGCGACAUGAACCCCAUCGCCCCUUCCGACAUUAACCUACCAGCAAGGCUUGGCCUCCGUGAUGCUUGGAUUGAGUGCCAUUCCCCACCAGCCAACGCAAAUGGGGAGGAAAGGAAAGAGAAGAAAGCGGUGCAGGACGACGGCUUUAUUUCUAAGGGAGGAGAGGAAGAUGACGACCCAACUGAGCAUACGUGGGGCUACCAGCCGACAAAUCUGUUCCCGCCUAGGAGGAUGGACAAAAUCUUGUUGGUGGGUGGGUUGAAGGCUGAGGAUAUAGAGAGGGUUGGGGUAGGGGUGAAGGUCGUUCCGGAGAAGGGCGAAUAUGAGGAAGAAGGGGAGGAGGAGGAAGAGGCCGAGGAUACGGAACGCAGCCCUGUAUGGGUGAGCGACCACUAUGGCCUACUCGCGAGGUUCCGGGUGCAGCCGACGUAG